AUGUGGAAUCUACUGUCGAUAGUCCGAGAGAUGUUCAGACGAAACGACAGAAACGCUAUUCCACUGUUGGAAAUAAUCACAGAGGAAGUCAUGGCUUGUGAACAAAUCAUCGUAUGGUGGUAUAGCACGAAAGCGGCUUUGGUCGCAUGGGGCGGUGGCGGCGGCGGUGGCAAACAUGGAGGCAGUGCUGGCAACUCAGCAGCUCAGCACGCCUGCUCAUCGCUUUGCGACGAGGUGGUUGUGCUUUGGCGUCUCGCUGCGUUAAACCCAGCCUUGGCACCGCACGAACGCGAUACUCUACACGAACAAUUCACACAAUGGCACAUGAAAGUUCUGGAUAAGGUGGCGAAGAACCGUAACAAUCACAUUGGUAGUUCGUCUCACAGUAGGCAUGCAUCUCGAACGCAUUCUCAUCCGCCUUACAUUAACGGCAUUAGUGAAAAUGAAGUAUUUCCAGGUUUCCAUCCAGCCAUGGAAGCAUGCUUCUUGGAAUGGGAUGAUUAUCCAAUACCAGGAGUUACAUACACCAAGGACCUAAACCCUUUGUAUCAUAGUCCCUUCACUAUAUUCAGGCAUCAGGAUAAACAGAACGACAGUGUUCAUCAGGUAAAUUCUUCAAAAGCAGUUUUGAACAACGAGAUGUCCCUAAGUUACCGACUGACGAAUCCGGAUCCUUCAAUGCAAGGUCACCGCACUAUGGUUCACAGAAAUAGCCGUAUCAAUGUAGAUUUGGCAAUGCCUGGACCAUCGAGUCAACCCUGUGGUACUGGAGAAGAUCCAAAUGAACAGCCACGAGAUUCUGGACCAAGUGAUGGCAAUCACUCUAGUGUAUCAUCAGAAGGUUUUUGCGAAAACGAAGAAGAAAUACUUCAACAGAGCGGUGGCGACACUGAUUCACAAGAGUCAAGUUCUCCCCCUGUCUCAUCCGACGACGCUCAGCGCAGAAUUUCGAAUGACGAUUCGGUAUCUGAUGAUGAAUGCAACAUUUAUUUCUAUGAUUCUGCCGCCGCCCGACGUGCUGUAGGCGGUGAAGGAACCAGUUCAGGAACGGCUAUGGGUCCAGGGAGUUCAGGUUCAUCCAGUGCCAGCGCGGGUAGUUGGGAGUGUGGGUGGGAAGUGUCAUUUGCCCGUGCGGAAGGCCUCCAAGCGCACGGUCACGUGCGUGAGGCGUGCGCGCUGGGCGCUAGGCUUGCGCGGGAACUGCUAGCGAGACCGCCGGCCCUGGGAGCCGCGUGCGCCCCGGCUCCCAACCAAGACCCGAGGAAACCGAGGCGCCGGCACAUGCCCUCGCCCCGGCUCUGUGCCGCGAGCCACCGGCUCUCCUGUCUAGCGUCCGCAACACUCGCUAAGUGCGCUUUUCUGUGCACGGUACUGGCUGAGUUUAAUGAGCAUCAUGAGCUCGCUUUUAGAGUUGGUCUUUUCGCUUUAGAAAUGGCCCGUCCCCCAGCCAGUACAAAAGCACUAGAAGUGAAAUUAAACAAUCAAGAGACUGAACUUGUAACUCUUCUUAAAAAGUUACCAACUGGUGCUGAACAAUUAGCGCUAGCCCGUGAAAAAGCAGAGCAACUUCGUGACGGAACCUUGAGAAAUCGUGGCCCUGCUUUAUUACCUAUUGCUUUAGCAAGUUUCUUGUUCGAUGUACUAGUUUUGUCGGCAACCGAUAAAGAAAAUAAACAUAUGGCAAGACUUCCCUCUGAUGAAGUUUUGGGCUUCGAAGCCGCCGUAGCUGCUUUAGGUUUGAAAGCAAAUGUGUCCGAAGCUGAACAUCCAUUGUUGUGUGAAGGCACAAGGCGACAGCGCGGUGAAUUAGCACUUACACUGCUCUCUUUCUAUAAAGAUGAUCCUGUGAAGUUGGCUAGGAUUAUGAAUAAGUUACUGGACCGUGACAUCCACCAGCUUACUAAAGGACCGAUGGUGAGUAUGUACUAUACGAACAACCCCCGUUUGGCCGCGUAUCGAGCGGACACCGCGGCUAAUUCGCAGUUGUAUCCUGCUCAUCCACCGCCCUGCAUCCCACCCCAGGCGGCGUGUCCACUUGUGUCUGACAUGGAGCGUUUGGUGGUAUCGGAAGGCGGGCCGUCGCCGCCGGCGCAUACGAGUGCGCAUGCGCACUCUUCACACACCCCUCACUCCACACAUACAGCUCACUCAUCGACGACUCACCCGCCUCUUACUAGGCCAAAGGACUCCAGAUAUAAAGGAAAGCGUCUGUACCCGUCGGUACCUAACCAGCCGUCGGAAGCGUCAGCACAUUUCAUGUUUGAAUUGGCUAAGUCUGUAUUAUUCAAAGCUGGUGGCUCUUCAAGUACUAGCCUCUUUACGCAGACGUCUUGCGCAAGGGAACAUCACGGGCCGCACAGGGGAUUACAUAUGGCGGCUUUCCAGUUAGGUCUAUAUGCACUUGGUUUGCAUAACUGCGUCAGUGCUAAUUGGCUUAGUCGCACGUAUUCGUCGCACGUCAGUUGGAUCACAGGUCAAGCAAUGGAUAUAGGAGCACCAGCAAUACUAUUCUUGAUUGAUGCUUGGGAAGGCCACCUCACUCCACCGGAAGCAGCUGGGAUAGCUGACAAGGCGUCAUCCGGUCGAGACGUGCAUACAGUACGCGCGGCAGCAGAAUUGGCACUGUCUGUCUUACCACAUGCUCAUGCACUCAACUACAACGAGAUUCAACGUGCAGUAUUGCAGUGUAAGGAGCAAAGCGAUGCUAUGUUAGAAAGAGCUUGCCUCACUGUUGAAGCUGCCGCUAAAGGUGGUGGCGUUUAUCCGGAAGUGCUCUACACAGUAGCACGAUAUUGGCAUGAAUUAUAUUUACGUCAAGCAAACGAAGAAACCGAACCUGUCAUGGAGGAGCCCCAAUAUAGAGCACCGCCUCCGGUUGCUGUGCCGGUCCCGUACCCUUUGCCGUAUCCAUUUACGUACCACCCGUAUCCACCACCUAUUUACCAACUGCAGUACGGUGGAGCGCCAGCACCUCAUCCAGGUCCGCAAUACGCGUUGCCACCGUACUUUGUUCGGGGUUUGGUGGCGCCACCUCAUCCGGCUCAUCAGCCACAUCCAGCUCACCAGCCGCAUCCGACGCACGCGCCGCAUCCGUCGCAUCCGCCGCUCCCGACGCAUCCGCCGUUGCCGCAACAUUCGACGCAUCCUUCGCACCCGUCGCAUGUCCCGCAUCCGCCAUCCAUCGCUGUCAAUCACCCAGCGCCGAUCCCGCCCCCUAUGCCGGCGCAGCACGCGGCAGUGGCAGCGGUGGGCGGAGCGAGCAACGCCGGCCCCGCCCCCUCACCCGCCCCACCACCGCUACCCCAAUCGCAACUACGCAGACUUUUGGCCGCGUACCGAGUGGGGAUGCUGGCUCUUGAAACGCAAGCUCGAAGAGUGCACGAUGACCGGCCGCAGAAUAAAUUUGGAAGAAACCCUCCAUACGGCGAACAUGUGAAAUGGCUUCUUCGCAUAUCAAAGCACUUGGGUGCACAGUACCUUCAUCAGUUUUGCGUGUGCGCCGUCAAUUCCGUGGUGUCUCCGUUCGUAUUAUACGAAUUGUGCGUUGAGUCUGCGCACUGGCUAGCUAGAGGUGGUCCCCAUCAUCUAGUGAUGCAGCAUUUGAGAGGAACCCUGGCCCCGUUGGUGCAAAAGUGUCAGCAGAUGUACAUACAAUGCAUACAUCAGAAACUAUACCAUCUGACUACGGUGGAGUAUGAGGAGUUUGUCAGCAUUGUGCUAUCAGCACGUACCGCCUUUCAGCUAACGCCCGAAGGCAACACGCAGUUCAAAGAAUGGCUCGCCUCACUGCGCAGAUCGAAAUCAUGCAAGAAGGAUCUGUGGACGCAACUCAAUGCGGCCCUCCAGACGAACGGCAAAUGA